AUGGAUAAUUCAACGUCUGUCCACGACACUUACCAUCUCCUGCCCUUUGGGUUAGGGGCUCAGAAUGACGGACGACGCAGUUUACUGGCAUAUGCUAUUAUUGCCGUGCUGGUCGUCGUCCUGACACGGGCAUAUUUCUCGCAGACAAAAUUGCCAGAUGUGCCGAUGCUCAAGAUCUCAAAGCUGCCCGGCGCUGCGGGAGCCGCUGAAGAUCUUGCUCGGUACAUCAAAAACGGAGCAGAGGUGAUGCAGGUCGGUUGGGAAAGGUAUUCCAAAAAGGGCCAACACUACUUGAUGAGGACUCCGGGCUUCACAAUGCUGGUCGUCGCACCCCGACUCACGGAAGAGAUACGGUCUGCAGCCGAUGACACGUUGAGCGCCGUCAAGGCGAACAGCGAGUUCAUGCAGUUCCGCUACACGCUUCACAAAUUCAUGGAGACCGAUCAGUACCACAAUGUCGUCGUCCAGAGACAACUGACCCAGAAUCUUGGUAAGAGCAUAGCCAGGCCGAAUGAGGAGCCCUCCUUGCUGACGAGUUUGCCUUCAGGCCCUAGUCUUUACGCUAUCGUAGACGAGGCCAAAGGCUCUUUCAAAGACACUCUGGGCACAUUCAAAGUGCCCACCGACCUUACCAUGUGGAAUCUCAGCUUCGACAUCGUCACCCGCACCGCCAACCGCCUGCUCUUUGGGCCGGAACUGGCCAAAAACGCCGAAUUCCUUCGCUUGAGCGUCGAUUUUUCCUUCAUUAUGUUCGGCGGCGCCGACAUGAUCCGCACGUACGCCGAGAUCCUCAAGCCGCUGGUCCUGUACUGGAAGACGCCGAUGCACAAGACGCUGAACCUGGCUCGCAAACAUCUCGUCCCGGUGAUCGAACAGCGCAUCGCGCUGAUGCAGCAACACGAGGCGGUGGGGACCAUGGACGUGUGGAAGAAGGAGAAGCCCAACGACUGCAUCCAGUGGGUUCUGGACGUGACGCCGCUGGAGAAGCGAGAUCCCCAGAUGCUCGUGUACCGCAUGCUGCACAUCAACAUCGCGGCCGUGCACACCUCGAGCGUCACCUUCCUCGACUGCAUCUACGAGCUCGCCGCGCACCCGGAGAUCCACGACGAACUGCGCCAGGAGAUCCUCACCACGUUCGCCGCCGAGGGGAACUGGUCCAAGCAGGGCCUCACCCAUCUGCACAAGAUGGACAGCUUCAUGCGUGAGUGUGUCCGCUUCAACCCGGUCUUCUCGGGCAACCUCGACAGAAUUGCCCUCAAGGACACCAAGCUCAGCGACGGGACGUUCGUGCCAAAGGGGACGUGGGUCACGGUCCCUUCGUACCCUAUGUACAUGGAUGACGACUACUACGAGAACGCGCACGAAUUCGACGCGUUCCGCUUCUCCAAGAAGAGAGAAAAGUCGGGACAGGAGACGGCGUUUUCGUUUGUCCAGACAAGCACGACGUAUCUCCAUUUCGGUCACGGAAAACACGCCUGUCCCGGACGCUUCUUCGCCGCCAACGAGAUCAAGAUCCUGCUGGUCCUCACCCUGAUGAACUACGACAUCUCCCUGCCCGACCCGACCAAGAAGCCGGAGCCCGUGUGGUUCACAAAGGCGCGAACACCGAGUACCAAAGGCGUCAUUCGCUGGGUCAGUCGGCCCGAGGUCCCCGACUUUGCGCGCUUUGAGUAA